AUGGAAGCUAAAUGUAAGAAACCAUGCAAGUGGAGGUGCUAUGGGAGUUUCAGUAGCGCUGUUGGGGCCUUUCUACUGUCAAGGGUGGAGUUUGAACAUACUUGUUCUAGGAACAUGAGAAAUAAAAUAGUUUCAGCAAACUGGAUUGCUAAGAGGUAUUUGACUGUGUUUAGGCUUAAGCCUGACACAACUGUGAAGGAGCUCCGGGCAGACUUAGUGCAGAGGUUUGCACAUGAUGCAUCAAAGUGGAAGUUGUACAAUGCAAAGAAGAAGAUAAUUGAGUUAUUGACAGGUUCGGUAGAGGAGCAUUAUGCAAAGCUUAGGAGUUAUGUUCUUGAGUUGAUGAAGGUAGAUAAAGAAGGUAGGUUUGAGAUUGAUGUUGGCAUGCGGUCUGUGUUCAAGGGUAUUUACAUUGGGUUUAGUGGGUUGAGGAAGGGUUUUAUGAUGGGCUGCAGAAGAGUAAUAGGGCUAGAUGGUGCAUUUCUAAAGACUUACUUAGGAGGUGCCAUCCUGACGGCUAUUGGAAGUGAUGGGAACAAUCAAAUGUUCCCAAUUGCGUGGGCGGUUGUUCAGGCUGAGAAUGAGACCAACUGGAAAUGGUUCAUAGGGAUUCUUGCUGAAGAAUUGGAUUUGGGAGAAGGUGUUGGAAUCACCAUAAUCAGUGACCAACAAAAGGGCUUGGAGAAUGUCGUUAAGGAAUUUAUUCCUCUUGCCGAACAUAGAAAUUGUGCAAGGCAUGUGUAUUCCAACUUGAAGAAGUCUCACAAGGACCCAACACUGAAGAGUCUUUUUUGGGGAGUGGUUAGGAGCACGUACGUUGAGGAAUACCGGGCUGCAUGCAAUGAAUUUGAGAAGGAACUUCCUGAUGCCUUUGCCCUUCUGAUGGCUAAAAACAUCUCUAGAUUCUGUAAGGCUUUCAUUACUCCAGUUCAGAAAUCUGAUUCUAUCUUGAACAAUGUGUGUGAAAGCUUUAAUGCUUACAUUGUGGAUGCAAGGGCUAAACAUGUUAUAAGCAUGUCAGAGGACAUUAGGUCUUCGUUGAUGGAGAGAUGUUAUAGGAAAAUGCAUGAGGUGCGUGACAGCCAUGAUGUAUUGUGUCCGAGGAUAAGAAAAAAAGUGGAGGAUUUGAUGUAUAAGAGUCGUUAUUGUAUCACAACACCUGCUUUAGGGGGUAUGUUUGAGGUGUCUUUUGAUGAACUUAGAUUUGUGGUUACACCAUCUUUGAGGUCUUGUGGGUGUAGGGUUUGGGAUAUUACUGGAAUCCCUUGUAUUCAUGCUUGUUCUGUGAUUACAUUCUUGAACGAGAAGGUUGAAUCAUAUGUCAGUGAGUACUAUACUGUACAGAAGUACAAGUUGGCUCACAGCUUUGGCAUUCCACCUUUGAAUGGUGAGAAUAUGUGGCCUGCGGCUGAAGGAUACAAUGUCAUGCCACCGCCGGCUAAGAAGAUGCCCGGCAGACCCAAGAAAUUGAGGAAAAGAGACCCAUUUGAGAAGGAUCCAUCUAGGCCACACAAGCUUCGCAAGAUUUGUGUCAUGACUUGUCAAAGAUGCCUUCAGCAAGGGCACAACACUAGAUCUUGCAAAAAUGAUCCAAUUGCAAAGCCAGCAAAGGAGAAGGUUGUUAUCUUUACUUUGAAACUGGAAAACCAGGCCGCCCUCGCAAGUCUGCACCGCAAGUCGGCUCACAGCCAGGUCCAGCAGCACGCCCAGCAGCACCAGCAGGUCGCCCAACAGCAGCACGCCCAGCAGCAGCACGCCCAGGUCUAG